UGCAGUCCAUCGGGACUACCACACUACUCAUUCGGGACACUUCGUAGGACAGUUUAUCUGAAGAAUGAAGAACAGGGCAGAAGGAGUCGUUUCACGCAUCAUUAGUGAAGUGAUUCAGGAGUGCUCAUCCAGGGGUGAAGAUGUCUCGGAAACUGUUGCUGCUUACAUGGUGCCAAUGCAUUAGUGACUGUUUGAACAAAAUUACUUCAUAGGUGAAAGCCGUCGUGCUUGACCCCGAUUCCGGAUUUCUUCCGGACAAACCGCUAAAGAAGGAAGAUGUACACAGAUUAAUUAAGUUGUGUGCUAAUAGGCUGAUGGAUAAAGAGCACCCUACUGUGGAUACCAUAAAAAUGCAGGUCGCUUUCGAGCUGAAUCACGUAACAAAGAACGAGUUUCUGGAAGAACACCACCGAGUAAUGCAAACCCGACUUGAACCGGUGACACAAGAGGCUAUAGAGGCCCGGGGAAGAACGCGUGACGAACUUCAAGAUGUGUAUCGUCGGAUCAUUUCAGCAGUCCUACUACAGUCUGGACUUGGGUCACCAACAAACAUAGAAGUAGUUCGUGAGACAACAGCUGCGCUUCAGAGCAUUUUUCCGCAAUCAGAUUUGGGUACCUUUUUGGCCUUGAAUGCGAGCCAGAAACGCAAUCAAAUAUCGGAGUUCACAGGAAUAGUGAUCGGGAUUCGUCUAUUCAACAAGGACUCUGGUAGAGGAGGCGCCGGAAUUGACGACCUUCCAUACCUUCUAGCACAAGGAAUUCCAAUGACUUUGAACACCUUACAAGAUGAGUUGAAGACAGCGAAGGAGUUAGCGGCCGUUUAUGCAAGUUUAUUUCUCAAAAUUUGUGCCAUUGAUCCGACCCCGGGAUCUCUCAGUUCAUCCAACAUAACUGCUGCUGCAGCUGAGAGCAUGGGCAUCACACCAGAGUUGUUACGCAUCGCAGUGGUGAACGCUCGACAAUAUGAGACUUUCUUGUUAGUACUGGAACGGGAUUUAAUCGAGAUGACCGCGAAUGUGGAGCGACUCUGCAACAAUUUCAAUGCGCGCAUGAAAGAGCUGCACGAGUUGAUACGCGAUCGUCAAUCCGUACCCAGCAUGGAUGUGUAUCCCGGAUUCAUGGAACUGUCCCGUAUCUGGGGGGAUUUGCAAGAUGCAAUGGUCAUGCUGUCCGCGCUCACCACUACACUGAGCACCAUCCAGUCACUCUUUGUCGGACGGCGCCUCAAAUGGCAACGAGAGAAGCUACUUGGACUUAUUUCCGAUUCCGAGGUCAUCUAUGAUGAUCGAAUCAAAAAACAUGGACCCAUCUCCGAGGCGGAGCAAGGGAAUUUCACAUGGAUAUUUCCAGAUCCGCAAACAGACAUAAGCAAGCUGAACAUUGAGUUCAAUGGUUUUUGUGCGUGGUCCUUAAUCAAAUACCAAGGCCUGCUGGUUCGUCCGGAUCUCUCUUUGGGUUGCUUAUUCAUCCCAUCGGAAAAUCGAAUGUAUGCUUUCAGCUCCGCGGAGGCAGUACAAGAUUUUGUCCUCGCCAUGGAUCGUAUGUUGAGCGCACUCCCUGAAAUAAUGAGACGCUUACCGGAGUUAAUUCAAUUCCUCAAAAUCGGACAAAGUAAUUCCAAAACAGUCUCGGGAUCACGGGAUGCUUCGUUUAUUGAGAAACCCUACGGACAAGUGGACGCUGAGAUGCAAACCGAGGUUCAUCCUAUCGAGAGCUACAUUGACACAAAUUACGAAUGGAAUGAGUGGGAAUUACGAAAGAAGGCAUUGAAACUAGCGAAUUUGAGGAGAAAAGCAACACGUUCAGUUCAGACAAUUCUCAGUAACUGGAGGCGGGAUAAUGCAACACAGGUGUAUCUUCUCAAGUGA